AUGCCACGUGCUCCAAGAACAUACUCAAAGACAUACUCUACCCCAGCUAGACCAUACGAAUCAGCUCGUUUGGACGCUGAAUUGAAAUUGGCUGGUGAAUACGGUUUAAAAAACAAGAGGGAAAUUUACAGAAUUGGUUUCCAAUUAUCUAAAAUCAGAAGAGCUGCUCGUGAUUUGUUGACCAGAGAUGAAAAAGAUCCUAAGAGAUUGUUUGAAGGUAAUGCUUUGAUUAGAAGAUUAGUUAGAGUCGGUGUUUUAUCUGAAGACAAGAUGAAGUUGGAUUAUGUUUUGGCUUUAAGAAUCGAAGAUUUCUUGGAAAGAAGAUUACAAACUCAAGUUUUCAAGUUGGGUUUAGCAAGAUCAAUCCACCAUGCUAGAGUUUUGAUUUCUCAAAGACACAUUGCCGUUGGUAGACAAAUUGUGAAUGUUCCAUCUUUCACAGUGAGAUUGGAUUCCCAAAAACACAUUGACUUUGCUCCAACUUCUCCAUACGGUGGUGGUAGAGCUGGUAGAGUUAAGAGAAGAUCUCAAAACAAGAAAUCCGAUGAUGCAGCCGGUGAUGAAGAAGAAGAGUAA